CACUACAACUCAACCAUGAAGGGGACUCUUACCUUGGCCACAUUGCUGACUGUGGCUCUGAGCAGCCACUUGGCUCGAGCCUGUUUGCCUAUAUAUUUAGUCCUGUCAGAACUCUUCCUGACCUCAGAUUUGCCUCUCGAGAAGACCCUUAACUCUUACGAGGCCAGUAACAACACUGUGGAAAGCUUUAAGUUGCUUCACCAAUGCUACAAGACAACCACACUCAGUGAAAAGAUUCUGGACACACUUCUUAUGGUCAAAAUCAUUGCAACUCCAGAAUGUAUAAAGCAUGAACUGUCUAUAGGAUAAAGGAAGCUGUGCUACUCCAGGUCAUAAGCCCUGCCUCCCCCAAUCAUCCCUGACUGAUCAUCUCAUUGCCAUCCCUACCUGCUACAGACUGGACUAUGGAGUUCAGGACACUUCACUGCUGACUACUGUCACAUGGCUUAUUCAAAUAAAA